AUGAAGGCUACCAGAGAAGCCUUGGAUGCUGGUGUCAAGGCCUGGAUAAACAGCGAGGAGUGCAAAAGGAUUACUGCUGCUUUGAUGGCCAGCACGAUUCCCGGCAAGAUCACCAAGGUCAUUGCAUUUGCCUGCUGCACCUUGUCAGGUUGCGAAGCUGUUCAGGCACGCAGCAUCAAACAACAUGCCUUGAUACUUACAAUCAAGAAUGUCCUGCAGAGUCUCACUGUGGAUGGGGAUAUCAAGUGCUACGCCCAGGACCCCGUCUGCACGGAUGCGGAUCGAGCUGUCCUAGAGGGCGAAGGAAUUCACGUCCUCGAGGACCCGCACGGUUUCUUGGAGAUCGACGACUCGAGCGUCGUCAUCUCCUUCUCAUCUAAUGUCCCGGUCAGGCAGAUUGUGGCAGAUGUUGCCCGGCCUGCUAUCAUGCUAUGGAAUAGGGUGAAGUCUGAGGGGGAGAUGGCCAGCGCUUGGUCGAAAUGGUGGCAAGAGCAGAGAUUCAAGAGUAUUGAAGAGCUUGAAGGAAACAUGUAA